UACACAGGUAUUUAGCUUUUCCUCUUAUCUUUGGGAAAUUUAGGGUUCCUUAAUAGUAUGAAGGUACACAUCCUCUUAUGGAGAAAGACGUAUUAGGGUACACACAGCAGCAGCACCUGUGGUUGCAGAAUUAGGAGAAAUGUAUCGCCUUGCUGAUGCUGGUGCAAUUUUAUCUUUGUUCUCUAGGCUAGCAAUUGAGAGAACUCUCUCCACUAAAUUGGAAGAGGCUCGGAGUUCUAUUCAACUGAGAAUUGUUAAAGCCCUCAGAGAAUAUCGAAAUUUGUAUGCUGUACAACAUCGCCUGGGGGGAAGGAUGAUAUACCCAGAGUCACUGAAACUAUUGCCCUUGUAUGGAUUAGCUUUGUCCAAGUCAACACCCCUAUGUGGUGGUUAUUCUGAUGCACAGCUUGAUGAACGAUGUGCCUCUGGAUAUACUAUGAUGGCAUUGCCAGUUGCAAAACUGUUGAAACUUUUGUAUCCUAACCUGAUUCGUGUAGAUGAAUAUCUUUUGAAAACAUCCCCCUUGACUGGGGAGUCCGAGAACAUGUUGAAAAGGCUGCCGCUUACUGUAGAUAGCUUAGAUGUCAGAGGUCUCUAUAUCUAUGAUGAUGGUUUUUGGUUUGUUAUAUGGUUUGGUAAAAUGCUUUCAACAGAUAUCAUCAAGAGUUUAUUGGGUGAUGAAUUUGCUGCAGAAUUCUCAAAGGUUUGCCUGCAUGAGCAAGAUAAUGAAGUGUGAAGAAAAUUGAUGGGCUUGCUUAGAAAGUUUAGACAAAGUGACCCAUCGUAUUAUCAAUUAUGUCACCUUGUAAGGCAAGAUGAACAGCCGAGAGAAGGAUUCUUCCUUCUAAGAAAUCUAGUUGAGGACCAGGUUGGUGGUACAAAUGGUUAUAUGGAUUGGAUUGUGCAAUUACACCGGCAAAUCCAGCAAAAUGAGUAACA